AUGGUAGUUCCAUCAAAGACAACAACAAAGAAGGUUGAAACCACAAAGAAGGCGACUGUGACAAAGACUGCUCCUGCUGCUGCAGUUGCUGAGGUUGUUGCUGAGGCACCACCAAAGAAAUUGAUAAAGAAGGUUGCUGCUGCUGCUGCAGUGGCUGUAGCACCAGUAGUUCACGAGGAGGCUGUAGCCAAGCCAACCACACCAGCUGCUGCCUCAAAAAAGAAAGCCGCUGCCAAGUCAACCGCAACCACAACCACAGCCACCACAACACCAGUCGCACAACAAGAGUCAGUCACGCCAGCAGCACCAACAGUCGCAGCACCCAAGAAGAAGGCCGCAACAAAGUCAACCACUACUACCACCACAACAAAAUCAACAAAGUCUAUUGCUCCAGUUGUCGAGGAGCCAGCAGCACCAUCAGGACCAAAGGCAAUGUCACCAGUGGAGCCAGCUCACAAGAUCACCUACAACAGAUUCAAGAACUCUAUCAAGGCCGUCAUCCAACUUCAAAAGAUCCCAGACCAGCACAUCAACCUCAACCCAACCAAGACACACUUUGUCCUCGACACUUUGAAACAUACCAAGAAGUAUACACUCAACGUACCAUAUCCAGAUGGAAUCAAGGUUGAGCCAGAGCAGGCAACUGCAAGUUUGGAAUAUGGAGUAUUGACAGUGUUCAUCCCAGUGGCUGCAGGAAGCAAACAACCUGCUCCACUACCAAAGAUUAAGAAUGCACCUGGCGCCAACAAGAAGAGAAAGUCAACUGAUGCCGAGCCAACAACCAAGUCACCCAAGCAAGGUGCCAAGAAGAAGCAGAAGAGCGAGCAAAAGAACGAGGAGUCUGCACCAAAGGGAAAGUCGACAUACAUCGAUAAUGAGUCAACCAAGGCUUUGAUCGAGAUGAUUUCAAAGGAGCAGGAGCAACAGGCAAAAGAAAAGAUUGCCAAGGAGACAAAGAAGAUGAAGGAGCAGGAGGAGCGCGACUUUGAGAGAGACAACAGGAAGGAGUCCAAGCAUGCAGCCAAGAUCAAGAAGAUUGGAGAGUUGAAAGAGAAGAAGUCCAUGGGAAUUGAAGACGAUGUGAUCCCAUCCAACAAGCGUAGAAAGUCAGCUGGAGGCAACAAGAAGGUGUCAUUCAAAUAA